GGAGUCCGCCACGUGACUCAACGCGGAAGCGGAAACCAGCACCAACAGCUGAGGACUGGCAAAGAUCGUCCGCUCCGUGCGAUGAGCCACUCGGCGCGCUAAACAACAAACGGCCGUUUGCGACGACGGAAGAAUGUUUAUUGAGGCGAAAUAACUCGACAGUAGUUAUUGAGGAACACACACUCCGCGUGAAUCAUGGUGGGCAAGAUGGGCGGCGACGGCGGCGUGACGCACAUCAACAGCUCGGCGGCGAGCGGCGAGACCUCGCUGUACUACGCCGGACAGAAGCGAGCCGUGGAGGACGCAGGUAAUCAGCUGUCAGCAGUGGGGCACCAACGGGUGAUGACCGAAGACUACAAGGUUCCUGACAGGAUGGUGGGUUUCAUCAUUGGCAGAGGCGGAGAACAAAUCACCAGAAUCCAGUUAGAGUCGGGUUGUAAGAUCCAGAUCGCUGCCGACAGUGGAGGUCUGAUGGAGCGUCCGUGUUCCCUGACUGGGACUCCAGAGUGCAUCGAACAGGCAAAGCGGCUGUUGAUCCAAAUCGUGGAGCGCUGUAGAAACGGUCCCGGUUUCCACGGCGACGGGGAAGGCGGGGCCCUGGUGCAUGAGAUGAUGAUCCCAGCCAGUAAGGUGGGGCUCGUGAUUGGUCGAGGAGGAGAAACCAUCAAACAGCUGCAGGAGCGUGCAGGAGUGAAGAUGAUGAUGAUCCAGGACGGUCCGAUGCCAACGGGAGCCGACAAGCCCCUCCGCAUCUCCGGGGACCCGUACAAAGUUCAGGCUGCCAAGGAGCUGGUGUUGGAGGUGAUCCGAGACAAGGACGCCGACUUCCGGUCAGGACGCAGUGACUUCUCCGCCCGGCUGGGAGGAACCAACCUGGACGUUCCUGUUCCCAGGUUUGCGGUUGGCAUCGUCAUCGGCCGCAAUGGAGAAAUGAUCAAGAAGAUCCAAAAUGACGCCGGAGUGCGGAUCCAGUUUAAGACAGAUGAUGGCAUCAGCCCGGAGCGCGUCGCCAUGGUGAUGGGUCAGCCGGACAGAUGUCAGCACGCCGUCCACCUCAUCAACGAGCUCAUCCACACCGCACAGGUAACACGCACCACACACCACGCUGGCUGCCCGUGCGCACCUACUCCCUGCGCCUGCACGCCACAGGAGCGGGACGGAUUCGGCUCGGCGCUGAGGGGCAGCAGGGUCCGAGGUCGCGGCGACUGGGCAGUGGGCUCCCCCGGGCCGCUCCAGGAAGUGACCUACACCAUUCCCGCCGACAAGUGCGGCCUGGUCAUCGGCAAAGGUGGCGAGACCAUCAAGAGCAUCAACCAGCAGACCGGCGCUCACGUGGAGCUGCAGAGGAACCCGCCGCCUUCCACCGACCCCAACACGCGCAUCUUCACCAUCAGAGGUUCUGCCCAGCAGAUGGAGCACGCUCGCCAACUCAUCGACGACAAGAUCGGGGGUUCCGGCAUCAUGAGUAACGGCGGCUUCGGCUUCAGUCCCUUCACUCAAGGCCCCGCCCACCAGAACAGCUGUGGCGGCGCUCAGCCCUUCUUGACGGGCGUCUGGGGGAACACCUAUCAGACUGGCUGGCAGAACCCGGGACAGCAAGACCCUGGGCAGCAGAGUCAAGCUGGCAGUGUGAUGAGUGACUACAGUAAAGCGUGGGAGGAUUACUACAAGAAACAAACUCAGUCAUCCCAGCAGAGCUCGCUGCCGGACUACACGGCGGCGCUAGCAGAGUACUACCGCCAGCAGCCGUACCUGUGGAACCCCGCCCAGAUCCAGGAUCACUAGAGGCCCCUCCCACGUCGGUGGCAGUCGCCACGGCAACCUGCCCCCGCCGGCGACGCUCCACCUCCUUACUUUUUUUGUAGAGCGAAAUCACGAGAAAACAGGAAGUGGUCUUCUGCUUUUAACCUCCAAAGUCGACGGUGUGUCCAACUUCCUGUUUUUGUUUUUUUUGUUGUUGUUGUUUUUUUUAUCCAACCUGAGCGUGGACACGUUUGAACAAAGUUGACUUUCACCUUCUUUCAGCUUCACGCUAGCAGUCUUGACAAACUAUCACCUGUUUGACGCAUGCUUCUUCUUUUGCUUUUUCUUUGCUUCUUUGGAUCUUUUAACGCAUUGGACAGAAACGUAACCUUUUGACCUUUUUCUACCACGCUCCUCCUCCCCUCUCUGUGGGCCAACACUACAUUUUAACUCUUUGCUUAGCGCUCCUUCAGCCCAGAAGCUGGGACGCCAUCUUGGAAGAACAUUAGCAAUUAGCUUCCUUAGCUCCAUUAGCUGGCCCUUGUGUGCAUUAGCCACGACAUUGGUACUUUUUUUUCUUUCUCUCUCGGUUUUCUGCCUAAAUGAAAGCUUUAUUCACUUCAAGUUUGGAGCUAGCUUUAGCCCGAGAAAGUGGAGCGGCGUGUUGCUAGCCUAGCGUGUUGGACCACAGAGAAGUUAGCAUGGCGAUGAUACGAGUUUGGGUUCAGGGGUCUAUUUAAAUGUUUUUUUGUUGUUGUUGUUCAUGAGUUAAUAUGCUUAGUGUUGACUUCCUGUCGCGUGCGAAGUGAAGCUCCUCAGUUCUCAAGACUGCUAUGCUAAUGCUAACGCUAACACAUCCCGGCCCUGUGAGUCGCUCGUUAGCCGUUAGCACGGCGGCUCAGAGUGGGCGCUCCCCUCCAACCACCCCCCUCCCCUCCUCCCCCUGUUUCAGGCCACGCCCCCCCCCAACCGGGAUCAUACACGAGCGCCGUCCACGCCGUUUUAGUUCUUCCGAGCUCCGCCCCCUUGACCAGGGUAGGCGUUUUUUGGUUUAUGUUGUUUUGUUUUUUUUUGUAACGGACUCUGGUCCAAAUGUAACCUGCAGAUGUUUCUAGAAGAUUCUAUUGACUGAUGAGGAAGUGAAGAUAACGAGGGCUAAUAAAGUGGCGCCUUCUUUCUGACUUCCCCCGCGUCUCCUUAGCGUUACUGUGGCAAGCCACGCCCCCUCGGUAGGCGGCCCGGGCCCUUCUCGCAGAGUCUCAUUUAUUAUUCAUCAUUGUUAGCGAUCCUUGAAAUAUUCAUGUUCCCGCCGCCCCGACAGAUGCUGUGAUUGAUGAUGUCAUCGGUCAUUAAGACGGGUGUGUGCGUGCACAGGAAGUAGUUACUGCAGCAUACUGUGCGUGUGGUCAGUAAGUACAGUAAAGUGGUCGUUAAGUACACUUGGUCUUUGACCGCAAGUGGGCGUGUCUUGUCUCGCCGCCAGAAAAACCCCAUGCAGCGAUUGUUUUGUUUUAUUCUUGUUAUUCAACUAUUUCUUGACACUUGAUGUUGUCAUGGCAACAAACAAUUAGCUAUCAGCAAGAAUAAUACCAACUUUUAAAUAUUUUGUGGCUGGACAGAUGUUAUUUUGAGGACAAAUAAUUUAGGGUGAGAGCAUUGACCCCUGGGGCACGCCGUAGUGAGUGACAUUUACUUUAACGCUAAAGUUUUUUUCCAUCCCAUUUAUCAGACACAAAAGCCUUUUUUUUUUUUAUCGUUGCAUUGUUUUAAUCGCAGGUCAAGGUCACGUCUGUGAAUUAAACAAAUGAUAAACAAA